CUACGCGCCGCUUAAAGUACACAAAUUAUUAAAUAAAUUUGUUUUAACAAUAACUGCACACCAUGGAGACUGUAAAAGAGCUAGUACAAUUUAUGCAACCCAAUCAGCGCCUGGAUCUCAAGGCAGUGGCAUUGACACAUGUGCUAAGUUUGACUGGCAGCACAGAGGGAAAGGAUGCAAUACUCUCGCUAGAUGAUAUGUUAAUGGCCAUUUUUGGAUUGACGCUGGAUGCCAAUGCCACAGUUGCAAAGGAUGCAGUUCUCAGCCUGAUAAAUCUCACGGCGGAGGAGGCAGGCGCUUUCAAAGUCUUUCAGCUGGCGCAGCAAGUGCAGCCCCGCUUUGCCAUUGUGGAUGUGGCCGCCAAGCAAAUAAGCGACGAGCAGGCAGAGCUUGCAGAUGCCUGGAGCAUGGUCUUGAGUAACUUGACCCGCGUCGAGUCGCUGGUGCCGGCUAUACUGGACACAUUGGAGCCGACGCUGUUGCAACUGGCGAAAGCGUUUGCCAAAUUGGAUUAUAAUAAGAAAAAGUGCAAACUUCACUACUUGGCGUCAAUAUUUUGUAAUCUAACUCAAGUGUCGCGUGGCCGAGAGAUCUGCUGCCAGCCAAAGUAUCAGCUGCUGCAGAAGCUGCUGCCCUUUGCCUCGUUUGAGGAGAGUGUGGUGCGACGCGGCGGCACCAUUGGCAUCAUAAAGAACAUAUGCUUUGAUGUGGUGUACCAUGAUAUCAUAUUGAAUGAGCAGGACGACAUUUUGGUGGCCAUAUUGCAGCCGCUGUGCGGCCCAGAAGAGUUCAGCGACGAAGACAACGAGAAGCUGCCCAUUGAGCUGCAGUACCUGCCAGAAAGCAAGACUCGUGAAUCCGAUCCGGAUCUGCGCAAAAUGCUGCUAGAGUGCCUGCUGCAGCUCUGCGCCACGAGACGCUGCCGCGAGGUGCUGCGCGCCAAGGGUGUCUACGAGAUACUGCGGGAGUACCACAAGUGGGAGGCGAAAGUGGGACGAGAUAGCGAGUGCUUGCUGGCGUGUGAGAAUGUUGUCGAUAUUCUGCUCAAGAAAGAGGAAGAAAUUGGCUUGGACAAUUACCAUAGCGUAGAAGUAUCAGCAGAGCAGGCCGAUAAGUUUGCACAGGACGAUGCUGCCUAUGUUAAGACUCUCUUAGAUUAGUGUAAUUCCCUCUCCCAGACUGUAAAUAUGCCUAGGCUUACUGAAACACGUGUGAAACAUUGAAAUGUCAAUAUA